GACGCUCCGAUGCAGAAAGGUUGGAUAAGAGAGUGCAACGAGCUGCACAAGCUGACCCCUCCCUCCUUCGUAGACUGCGGAUCCGCUGACCCCGCCUGCAUGAAGCUCCAGCAGCUUGAACCUGCCUGAAGCCCAGGAAGCAUCGUCUGCUUCAGUAACUCAUCAUGUCUUUGCUCAAGGGUUGCGUUACUGCAGAUAUCAACUACGCUCCAGCUCUCGACGCGCCAGUACUUACGUCUGAAUGGAAAAAGCGGUACCUGGGUGCUGGCGAUGAACACACUCGGUCCAUGAUCAUUCGCGAUGUCCGUCAUAGUGAUCAGGAUUUCGAAUUGGACACCCACGGCUUUACCUUUGUCAAGCUCCCGUCUAAACAGCGAGUCGAUGAUUCCAGCUCGGAAGAACUGAUACGUCAGGAGUAUUACCAUGAGGUAGAGGCACUGGUGAAGAGCCUGACCGGUGCAUCCGCAGCUUUUGUCUUCAAUCACGUGGUCCGAGCACACUCUUCACCCUCGGACAAAGGCAAGUUAGACGCGUACGGUCGAUGGCAAGACGUACCUUCUGGUCACCCUCACGUCGACUACUGUGGGGAGCCUGCGGCUCUGGAAGGCACCAGACAGGAACUCAACCUGCCACCUCAAGUGUCGGCGCUUUUUGACACAAGUUCACGCUACGCAUACCUCGGUGCAUGGCGUCCACUCAAUAUCGUCCGUAGGGACCCACUCGCCGUUUGUGAUGCUACAACCGUUCCGGACUCCGACUACCGGAUCCGCUUGCGGGAAUUCCGUAGUGGCGUGAAGUCAGGAAAUUACGUCAUGUGCCAUGCAAAGGAGCAACAACAACACGAGUGGUACUAUAUGUCUGAGAUGACGCCCGAUGAGAUUGUAGUGUUCAAGGGACAUGAUACUGAUCAGAGUAAGCCAGGUUGGCGAUGCCCGCAUACGGCAUUUAGGCUGCCUAUGUCUGAACAAGAGUCUCCAAGAAAAAGCAUUGAGACGCGCAUUGUGUGCUUUUGGAAAUAGCUAAGGACGUUCUCUGCCAUGGCUUGUUUCCCGCCACUAUUCCUCUCUGAUCUACGAUGUUAACAGCUCUCCGUAACGCAACGUCCAUCAAAUUCAAACGAUCGCGGGGUAGCGUCGCUCAUUAUGCCCAAACGGGUAAACUCACGACGGGUCCUUUGCUCCUUCGGCUUUGGGUCAACGUCGAUCUGCUGCGAAAGGUUCUGGUCAACGGCAAUGAAGGCGGGAAGACUAGCUGUUCUGAGCAGGUCGAUGCCAAUUACCGGUUGGAUAUCCAGAAAGGUACAAACUCAUAUUACGACUCAUGCGCUUCACCAGGUGACUGGUCUAAAGAGCUGUGAGAC